AGCGCCCACUGCGCGUGCGCGGGGCGGGCGCAGCGCCGGCUCCGGGAGCGCGGGGGGGGCGAAGCGGCGGCACCGACACCGACACCGACACCUCACCGGGGCUCGCAGCCUUCGCCGGGGAGGAGGAGGAGGACGAGCGGAAGAAGCAGGAGGAGGCGGAGGCGGAGAGCAGCGGGUGGCGGUCGCGGGUGCCGCCGCGGGGAGCGGAGCGAGCGCGGGGCGGCGGCGGCGGCGGCUCCUCCAUCAUGUCGUCGGGCGGGGACUUCGGGAACCCGCUGCGGAAAUUCAAGCUGGUGUUCCUGGGCGAGCAGAGCGUGGGGAAGACUUCCUUGAUCACCAGGUUCAUGUAUGACAGCUUUGACAACACCUACCAGGCAACAAUUGGCAUUGACUUCUUAUCGAAAACCAUGUACUUGGAGGAUCGAACAAUCAGGUUGCAGCUGUGGGAUACUGCGGGUCAGGAACGUUUCCGUAGCCUCAUUCCCAGUUACAUCCGUGACUCUGCUGCUGCUGUAGUAGUUUACGAUAUCACAAAUGUAAACUCCUUCCAGCAAACCACAAAGUGGAUCGAUGACGUCAGGACGGAACGGGGCAGCGAUGUCAUCAUCAUGCUGGUGGGAAAUAAAACAGAUCUAGCAGACAAGAGACAAGUGUCCAUUGAGGAAGGAGAAAGGAAAGCCAAAGAGUUGAAUGUAAUGUUCAUUGAAACUAGUGCAAAAGCAGGAUACAAUGUAAAACAGCUUUUCCGACGUGUGGCAGCUGCCUUGCCCGGGAUGGAAAGCACACAAGACAAAAGUAGAGAAGACAUGAUUGACAUAAAACUGGAAAAGCCUCAAGAGCAGCCUGUCAGUGAAGGAGGCUGCUCCUGCUAAUACCAUGUGGCUUCCACCUUUCUCCAGAACAUCACUGCUUUCCCUCCCUGUCCUCUUCAUUGACUGCAGUGUGAAUAUUGGCUUGAACCUUCCCCUUUCCGUAAUAACGUAUCGCAGUUCAUCAUCGCUGGCUGUCUCGUGGAGAUGAUCUUUAGCUUCACAAGCACACCCCACACACACACACACACACCAACAAAAUGUCAGUGUCUUCAUUAUUUAUAAGAAAAGAAAAAAAAAAAAAGCCAAAAUAUUCCACCGUAUUCUAGGUAUAACUUUAAAAAAAAACAAAAGCGAAAAAAAAAAAAAGAAAA